GGUACACCCGUCCUCUUUCUAAGCGACUCCUUUGAGGAGUGUGUUCCGUCUCGAUUGUCUAUAUCUGGCGAUCAUGUUUUCAUCGAGCUCAGCAUACUCAUCUUUGGGAAACAAGGACGUUUCUGAAAUGAUUUGUCAUUUGAAAUUUAUCUUUGUAUGUAUUUUUCUUAUACCCCAACCAACAGGUACAGUAUUGAUCUGGGAUUAAAUUUUUUUUCGAUUUGUACUGCAAUUUUCAGUGUUUACCAUCUUUCGUAACAGAACUCGAUAGUUUCAACUUAUGAUGCACUUUAUUUAGAUGAUUUUUUAUCGACAACAGCAGAUUGUGGUACCUUUAAGAAUGUAUAAGGUGUUUUAAUUCGAAAUCAUAGAGAAGCUGUUCUUGUUUUAUAAAAUCGAAAGCAUAAAUAACUGCGAUCCAAAAUAUUCUCCUUCAGAUGGCGGAAGUGUCACAUGGUAUGAACCUUCUCCAGUUAUUACAACAUCAAAUACAGCUGAAGUGCUCCCCCCUGGCAUUGUACAGGUUUAUGAAGGAUCUUCUGCCACAAUGAACUGGAACUUCAGUCUGUCAGUAGGUCUAGGUCUUGGUUUUAUCAUAAAAUUCGACACUGUUGGUAUAGUCAACAUUGGAAAAGAUGGUUCAGCAGCAGGUCCUAUUAGAGCUGAAUUUCAGAAACGGUUCAACGUAAGUGCAACUCCACAAAGUGCUUCUCUGUCAAUCUCUCCCGUCACUAUUGCUGACGAUAAGUCUAACGGAGAAUUUAGCUGUGAGUUAAAUGAUGGCAACGGCGAUACUUGGAAACGAGCAAUUCAGGUGCACGUCAUAGGUAAGCUGAGAGUGUUGCUGUGACCAUAAGAAAGGCGUACCCUAAUUGCAGUAUACUUUUAUCUGAGUCUUGUUUAAAUGCUGUCUGAAAUUGGACAAUUUGAAAUCUUAGCGGGAAAAAAAACUUCUACAUCCCUUUUUAACAAAUUCAUUUAGUUUCAGUUUAGUUUAUUUAGAAUCAAAGACCUAAAGUGCAGAUAAAGUUCAAAGAGAGAAGGUUUGUUUUUAACUUUUAAGUACAAUGAUGCAAUCACAUGGAUGUGUCUUACAUACCAUUUGAAGUCCCAUGUGAAUCAAACACCCAAAGUGCAGAAAAUAAAAGGCUCAAAAUUGGGAUGCUCCUUGAGAUAGUGAACAAAAAUAAAUUACGACAUUAAUGGAUAAAGAUAACCCAAACUUCCUUCACACUCUGCUUACCUCAGUAAUCAUAUGUAAUUGUCAUAAGAGUGUGAUAACAAAGUCACAGAUGUGAUCUUGGUUUGCUAUCACUACUCUUCAUCUGGAGGAAGGAACAACUAGAUGGAUUUCAACAGUAUAAAGGAUACUUAUACCAAGUAAUGGUAGCUACUCAGACUGCUUGUGGUGAUGAAGUGACCACAAAGCGGCAAUGAACUUGACUAUUUCCAUCAGAUUUUCCAACCCCUAACAUAGAGCUGUCUGUUAGUACUACAUUUGGCUACAUUCGAGAAUGAUUUGAUCUGGUAAACCUCACAUGGAUAACAUUGUGAAAAAAUAGUCAACCUGAAGAGAAAUCAAGAAAUUAAUCUUUAAAGGGUUUAUAAGGUAAAUUCAAAUCUAAAGAGGUGUUGAUUACUAUUUGCUGGAAACUUACAUGUGUAAUAGCAGAUAAAAGUCUUUUUACACCCAAUAUAUUUAAAGUUUAUCAGAAAGAUCUUAAUUUACCCUCUUAGCAAGCGCAGAGUGCAAUUAUCUUUGGAAAGCUAGUUUACUGACUUAAGAGGAUGUCUCCUCAAGCAAAUAAAUCAAUUAUAAAAACCUACUGCUCUAAUAAAAUUUCAAAAAAUUUCAAACAGGAGGGGUAUAUUUUCAAAUCUGUGUAGGGAAUUUUGGAUAUUACUGUCAUUUGCUUCCUGGUUUUUCUGUCAAGUUUGCUCAUCAAAAUUUUACUGAUGUGUGUUACAUCUAAGGUUAUUGCGGUGGGUAAAUUAUGAAAAUUAGAAAUUCCUCACACAAGUUUUUGGUUUGAGAGUCUUGGGGUCUUAUUAAGGCUUUUAAGUUUUUAAUAUACCCCAAUAAUAUUUUUAAAGACACACUCGCAUGAGAACUACAUUGUGCAAUGAAAGGCAAAAGUGUUAGCAUGCUGUACUAAUUUUUAAUUUUUCUAAAACCCCCCUCCCCCCCAUUUGAAUGUUGCCUGGUGUUACUAAAUGGUCACGAAUUUCAGUGGGGAGGGGGGGAGAAGGUGGGACUUGCAUUUAACUUAUUAGAGAUGAAUCACAAGAUUUCUGUUGAUUAGAAGAUUGUCAUCCACCUACCCUUGCGAAUUGAAUUCCCAGUUUUCUGGAAAUUCCUAGGAAUUCCUUGGAAUUCUCAAAAAUUCCCAAUUAUGCAAAUGACCCUUGCAAACUGAAUUUCCAGUUUUCUGAGAAUUCCUGGGAAUUCCUAGGAAUUCCUAGGAAUUCUCAACAAUUCCCAACUAUGCAAAUUAACUCUGAUUUAAAAAGCUUGGAAUUACUGGGAAUUUCUGGGAAAGGAAGACUCCUGUUUUGUGAGGACUUGGAAUCCCUAGGAAUUCCUAGGAAUUCUCAGCUUUACAAACUACCUAUAAUUUAAGAAGUGUGGAACUCUUGGGAAUUUCUGGGAAUUGAAUUUGAGGCAAUUUUAAUACCCUGAGGUCCACAUAAAUUCAAAGAAAUUCUCAAUACCUUGAAUGUGAAGGUUUUAAGAAAAGGAGUAAUUUCAGAGGCUUAAAACUUUGGCUCAAUAAAAGGUAUGCUAUACAAAACUUACCAAGAGAUAUACAUACAUGUAUAUGUUUAUAACUUACAGAUCAUGAAAUUUAUUGUUCAACUAAGUUUCAGUAAAUCUUUACAUUAAUAUGGAUUUUCUCAUGAACCAGCUGUCAGUUAUGUUAAAUGGAAAUUGCCAAUUAAUCCAAUGUACUCUUGGAUUCCAUGAUCAAAAAAUAUUUUUAUUGUGAUGCAAAUUAAUGUCUCAUGUUCACUGAUGUGCCAAAAUCAUCAAACAUUCAUUGGCUGUUCCUUGGUACACAAUUUCCACAAUAAUUAACAAUAAUUACAUUGUUAUCUACACUUAAAGAACUUUGUUAGUUAUGAACAUAAGUUACUUCCCUAACCUACAUUACUGGUUGCCUUUGUUAGAAAACCUUGGAACAGUCAAGCUCAGUUGCCUCAGACACUGUAAGAGACUUUUUGUUGACAAUAUUUUUAGGAGAAAUUUCAUGCCUUAGACAAACACAUUCAACAUCUAAUUAAUCUUUCUUUUUUCAUGAUUGUUGUUGCUGUUUUUUUUUUCAGUUUUUUGCUCUGUUUUCGUGACUAAUUGCUGUAAUUUGUUUUGCUGUUUUUAUUCUUACAAAACAUUUUUGUAAGAGUUCCAAUACCACACGCUUUGCAAACAUUUGGCAUGCAGACAAGACAGAGGUAGUCAAUGUGCCCUUUGAGAAAAAACACCUUUUAAAUGACAUCUUCAAUUUACUUUAUUUGAAACUCUGAUCUGAAAAUAUUUGUCAACAAGACUUGUUAGUAGUGAGAAGUACCAACCAAGUUUCCUUUCCUAACUUAAUUUCUUAAAUGUCCCAAUCACUGGAUCUCCCAAAAAAUAUUACAUCUUUUUAUUUUUGGUGCAAAAUACAAGUCCUUCUUUGUAUAAAAAUGAAAAUUGCAAGUCACACUUCAAUAAUAACAGCUCUAAAGUUUACUGGUUGUUCUUCUCUGUCUGUCAGCUAUCAACAAAAUUGUUUUAUACUUCGGACAGUGCAUAACUAUUUGUGGACCAGAGUUCCAACACACCUCUGUAAUCGCAUAUAGUUACUUCUGUCUCUACUCUGUUGUCACUACUGCUUUAAGUUCAGUGGAAACGACUGACUGAGGAAUCGAGAUGGCAGUGUUGGAACAUGUUGCUGAACACUUGCUACGGUCAAGCUUUGUAGAUUUAGGUACUGGUACACUGGGAUCAUCUAUGUAUCUCUUAUACUUCCCAAUGUGGUAUCCUUCUUUUAUAAAUAUGAGGGUAAAAGACGAUUUGUAGUCGCAUUCAAAACUGUGAUUGGCUUGUGUUAUUUCUCACCUUUGCCAUGAACACAACUCAAGUGAGUUUCGAGUCUUUGUUUUCUCGACAACUUUCGGCCACAAAUCGUGUAUUUGUAAUACGAUCGAUUCUUGUCGAUUAUUUCUACAUAGAGUGAGCUCACAUCAUUAUUUAUAUCACCAAGGUAUCCAUCGUCUAGAAGCAGAGAAUCGGUCGGAGAAGAGAAGUCAAAAUAAAGUUGUGCGCUUCUCUUAACACUACAAUCGGCAAGCCAGCGGAUUCACUUUGCUGGCCAAUUACAAGUCCUAAAAGAUCCCCACGUGCUCAUGCUCGUGAUCGGAAACAAAGAAGACUCCAUUUGGCGCUCAUCUUUGAAUGUCCUUUUCAUCGGUUGAUCGUUUUUCUCAACUGUUUUGCUUAAUAUAACAUUUCUAAAGAUAGCUUUUAUUGUGGUUCAGUGGGAGAACGAGAACAGCGUGAGUGUUGUAAAAGAAGAGAAAGUCGUUGGCGCCGUGGAGUUUAAAGAAGGGACAACAGUUGACAUAUUGACUGGUACAAACAAGGGUCGAGUGGCCAUCUGUAAAGCUACGAUUUUGAAAGUUUGUGGUGAGUAAAAAUUGCGAUAUUCGUUACGUGAUCAAAAUCUUAUAAAAGAAUAGAUGUAGCGGGUUGGAUUAAGCUUACAUAACGCUCGGCGCAACUGAAACUAGAAUAAUUCUGAGAAUCGAAUCGGUCACUUGCAUGCCGCAGUUUCUUAAGCUUAUGCUUUACAAUGAAAUAAACCUAUCAGUAAGGUUUCAAGAUUCCUCUAGUCACGUUUGGGAACAUUCAAGAUUCAUAAUAGGAACCGUUAUUAAAAAACCUUAUUACUUAAAGAAGCCAUCCUUGGUAAAAACAAAAUAAUGUAUCCAGCCCUUUUUUAGUAAAAUCUAUGAGAGAGAUGUACUAACUUCAAUAUAAAAGUCACUCAAUAUAACAGAGAUUUCUCAAUUUGAGAAUGCAAUGAAUGCCCUUUUCCUCAUAGCCAUCUUAAAGGCCUGGUCUGAGCUUUAAAUAUAUAUAUACUUAAAUAUGUUAUUUUUUUUCAAAUUCAGAUGUCAUGGAACCCAGAUACAAAAUGGUCAAGCUUCUUGUAGACAACCUCAUUUAAGGCCAACUCAGUGUGAGCCCAGGAAAAAAAUACAAACAGCAGCUAAGUUUGCAGUUUAGGAUAACUUCAUUCUAAUUUAUUGUUACAGUUACUAAAGUUACAGUAAUUUUUAAUAAAAAAAUCAAAUUUAUUUGUCUGUAAUUAACCCCUUCACUCCUAGGAGUGUUUGGUUUUCAAAUAUAAUUUAAGAUAUUGUAUUUUAUGGAAAAGAAUCAACAGAUUUUAUUCACAAUUUGUGUCAAACCAAAUUUAAUGAUUGAUUAGGACUAUUUUAUAUGAAUAGCUGUAAUUGAGGAUUAAUCUGUAUGAAGUUUUCAAGAAAAGAAAAAUCAAAUUCCAUCCUAAUAUUACCACACAUUGAUGUUCAUAAUGAAUCAAAAAUAUUUUACAUGUAAGCCUUAAUUAAGCUUCUAAAUAAAUUUCAUUGAAUACUUGAAUUUUAGCUGGAUUUUUUUAAUUUAAAGUAUUUAUUUUAUAUCAUUAGCCUCAAAUUUUUGCUUAAAAUUCCCAGUAAUUCUUAAACAUUCCUAAAAAUUCCCGAAAAUUCCCAGAAAUUCCUAGGAAUUUUUUAGAUUUACAGCUUUUCAGGGAAAGUCAUUGGUUCUCUGAGUUGGAAUUCUUAGGAAUCCUAAGUCCUGUUGGCAAUAAACUUGGAAUUUCUGGGAAUUUCUAGGUUUUUAGAACCAGAGUUAUUAUGGUUGGGAAUUCCCAGUCCGAAUUUACCGCGAAAAUUCACACCUUUAUUCCUAGGAAUUCCUAGGAAUUCUUAGGAAUUCCAAAAGCCAUUUCGCAAGGGUACUUUUGACCCUUAUUGUACAUUGUAGGUUUUUUUUUUUUUGCUCCUAUGUUUUGUGCAGAUACAAUUUUACACUUUUGGGUGACCACAUGUCAAGUAAUAGUUUAGUAUCCCAAUAGAAAAACAAAAGUAUCUGAGGGAGUCCCAGGGGACUCUACCAGAUAGUUCCCUGCAAAACCAUAAUUUAGCUAGCAGUUUCACAUGACAGACCAUGGUUCAAUUCCACUAGACAGCAAUUUAGUGAUUUCAAGUUUAUGGUGACUUGAACUCCCUACAGCAGCACCUCUUGAUAGUUGCUGGUUGCAAGCAGUCAGGGAAGAUUACUUAAACUGCAAGCCCUUCUCCAUUUCAGCAAGAUUUUAUUGCCAUUCCUCUUGGGAUUUCUUUGAUUUAUUGCUCUUGCACCCAACCCCCUUACUAACUGUCAAGGACUAUUUUCCAUUGUUAUCUCUACCUAUUCACAGCCUACUUUUAUAUGCAGAGGUAUAGCAAAGAUCACUAUAUGCAGCUGAAACUAGGAGAUAUUUUCAGGAUUGAUAUCAAGAACCAUGAUAUUUUGUUGGAAAAAAACAUUGCAGGAGUCAUUUAUGGUGACACUUUAUAAUCGGUUAUUCACACUUUGGAGGGCUAAAGCUAGUCCUUAAGGAAAAAUUUUUUUAGAAAAAUGCUUUAGGAAAUAGCUCCUGUGGGUCUCAACAUUAAUUUCUACAAAAUUAUUUCUUGGAAACUGCAGUUAAAAUAAUAAUGCUCAGUUUGAGCUGAGAAAAGAAUUAAGAAAACUUUAGCAUGUGAAAUUCAUUUGUCUGUGCAAGGUUUGCCAAGAAUAUUUAAAAGUCAUGUUAACAUUAUUAUCACCUUUGCACAUUGCUUAAUUAUACACGUACAUGCCAUUUAAUUAUCACUGAAGUUUACCUGUGAUUGUUUGAUUGCUCUUAGUUCUAACAAACAUCAUUGGAAUUAGAGGUAACCAAACUGUUCUUGAAGGUGAUAACUUGCAUUUAACUUGCAUCGCUUUGGGUCGACCAGAACCAAACAUCACUUGGAUCAAAGAGAGGCCUGGGAACCAAGGUAAUACUGGUGUGGUGCAAGAAGGAAAGGUGCUGACUAUAACAAACAUCAACAGGACUGAUGCAGGAGGUUAUACCUGUACAGCUUACAAUGGCUUUGGUAAACCAGAGAACCAAGCAGUUUCUGUGAUUGUUACUAGUGAGUAUGCAUUGAAAACAACUUAGACUAAUGUUAAACACAGAUGCACUUUCCUUAUAUACUAUAUUUUCUGUAUUCUAUCAUGUGCAGUCAUUUACUUUUAUUAAUGUUUGGUGAAGUACAUCCAUGCUGGGCUCCAAGCAUAAUUUUUCAAAAAAUCACCCCUUGGCAACCUUCAAUUGUAAAAUGGUCACAAUAAAAAAACUUUGGUUGCAAUCCCUUCCCCUUCCCCUUUACAAACUUAAUAGAUCCCUUGAUGAUUAAAAGAUUGUACAUAUAAUAAUGGUCGAGAGAGUGAGAAUGAUGAAACUAUGAUUUCUGGAAGGAGAAACAAUUUACAUCAUGCAACUUGCUGAGACUUAAUAACAAAUCAUGUUUAAUACAAUUUCUGUCUAUUGCUCAGCUGAGAAACAUCUCUAAUGUUUAAAGUGAGCUAAAAUAGUGAUAUUAAAGCCUUUGAUAUUGUGAAUAACAUCUUUACUCACUAGAUAUUUAGUUACCUUACUUUCUACCAUAAAAUUGGAGGUUAGAAGUUGGUAGUGAAGUCCACUUUGGCCUUUAUUGGAACUGGCCCUUUGUCAAGAAUUUUACUUUUCACAACUUUUAAUCUCAUGUAAUGUAACUGAAUAGAAUACAUGAUUUGUAUCUGCUUGCUUUUGGGUGCAAAGCAUCUUGAACAUUAGAAAUAUCAUCAAAAAAUUUUGGAAUAAAAAUGCUGAUGAGAACAUAUUUUUGUUUUCAUUGCUUGGAAAGUAUAAGUAGUCAGCUGUUGUAUGUAGCUCUUUCCCAAGCUCCAUCUAUGGUAAGAAAGGGGUUGCAUAUGAAAUUUGUGUCAGAAGCAUUAACCAAAGGCUAAUUCACUGAUAAUUUUCCCAAGGAUAUCAUCAAUAUCACCUCAAUGGUUUUCUGAGUGACAACCUGAAAAAGUUCUCUGUUUAAUUAUUGGAUACUAUGAAAUUUCAUAACCAGUAAUUUAUCUAACAUGCAUUUAUGGAUGGCAAGAGGAUCACCCAGUUAACAUCCAGACAAUAGCAAUUUCAUUGAAACCACAUUACACAAAUUAGGAAAACAUUUUGCAAACCCACAUAAGUGAAUUGAACUAAAAAAAACAUUAUAGACUUGAUAAAGAAUACCCUCUUGCAUAUAAGUGUACUGGUAGUGUAAUGGACCCCUUACAGUAGCUAGUGAAGACAAUUAAGUCACUCAAAUAUAUCUUUGGGUAGAUGCUGUUUUUUAAUCUGAAUUUUUUAUUUUCCAACUUGAUCUACAGCUCCAGCCAAGAUUGGUAGAUUUCAACCUGAGUAUAUUGUUGUUGUACAACAAAGUGUAACUCUUAAUUGUGAAGCAGAAGGAAACCCUCCUCCUUCUUACACUUGGACUCCAUGUGACCCAGGACAAGUUUGUAACAAGAAUACUCUUCAAAUUUCACAAGUCCUUAAUGAUGCCAGCUAUACCUGUAGAGUGGCCAAUCUGUAUGGAGAUGAUUCAAAAACUGCCAAUGUCUGUAAGUCACAUACAUCUUGUAGUCAUGCAUCUUUGUACAUGUACCAACAUGACAUUUUGAUUGGGUUCUCAGAGUUGAACCAGGGGUUAGUCUUGCAGGACUUGUAAAAGCCUAUAUAGUGCAUUUACUUUUUCUUGAUGGAUAACUCUCUGUUUUCUUUAAAUACCUACAAUAAACAUGCACAAUACUGAUUCUUUUAUCACACAUAAAUUGCAAAUAUUAAGCAGUGCAGUAAUUAAACUUCAGAUGGUUUAUACAGGGUUGAGUAUUAAAAUUAGGGAAAAACCUAUAUUCACUGGGCUUCUGACAAGGUACAGAAAAAAUUGUAAUUAUGUGGGAAUAUUUUUGGGAAAAUUGAGAUUAGGUUUUAGUUCUUUCAUCUUUUAGUCAUUGUAAGCUGAAUUACUUAGGACCUACAUAUUUUAAAGUGUACAUCAAUUUUAUAAUGUUUUCAAUAAAGCAAGAGAAGCCAAAUGACACCUUACCACCUCUCUAUUAAUUUUCCUCAAUGACUUGCACUUGAAUUUGAAAGUUAAAGUUCAGUUUGAUAUGAGCAACUGACUUCCCCUCUACUUGUUUUCCUUCAGUAUAAGAACAUUUUCAGAAUUUUUGGCAGAAUGUUUCUCUUGUUCAUGCUUAGAAAAAAGGACAACAACAAAAUUUGUCAUUUGACAAGCAAUCAACACAAUCCACCUAUGAGAAAUAUGAUGAGAAUUUGACCAUUACUCAGGAUCAUGUAAGCUAUGGCAGAAACCCCAGUUGUUCUUGUUAAAUAUUGAAAGCAACUGAUGUCUUAAUUGUCUCUGGGUUAAAUAAUCUUAGAAUGGUCUUAGAGUUUUUACAAAACCCUGGUUUUCAAAUGGAAUACCUGUAUCAAUUAAAAGAUUGAGUACAUCUUUUAGUUAUGAUUUUCUCCAACUUCAUAGACAUUGGAGGAAAUAUGAUCAACAUAACUAUUGUCAUUACAAGUGAAACAUGUGUCAAUGGAAAAUACAACCACUUAUUACUGGAGAAAUUAAAAGAACUGGUAAGUUAAUGUACAUAUAACUUAGAUAUUGUUGUCAAAGCUAUUUAUUAAACAUGUACUAGUUUACAUGAGGGGACUUUUUUUUCUCACAAAUAAACUGUGUGCUUGUUUUGAACUUCACUUUACCUGUUAAACUGUUAAUUAUAUUUGUCACUGAGUGUUGGUUACUUCAGAGUCAGUGACUGAUGUGCUGGCUGUAUAAUGAUUAAAAGGAAAUUUGGCUGGUGGAGAAUUUGUGGAAAAUAUUUCAUUUAAUAGAGUGUUUUUUGAAUUCCUAGAUUACAUGCAGUCUGUCAGAAUUCUGUCAAAUCUUGAACCUGAAAAGCCUGUCACAAUCUUCUUGUUAUUCAGUGUUUGCCUAUGGUCUGUAUUUAGGGCAAUAAGAGGCCAAGUAAGAACAAUUAUUCAUUGAAGGAGCACUUUAAAGAAACAACUGAUUAAUACUCAGAAACUGAUUCUCAGCAGAUUCUUGGCAAAACACCCAUGUUCAAUUUAAUCCUUAAUGUUUGGUGUCAUACUCAUUUAUUCUUAUGUGUGAUACAUGUACACUGACAUUUUAAGAAAAAUGGUUGAAAUGCUUACUUGCAGCUUAGGGAGGCUUUUGCUGAUAAACCUGGCUAUGAAGGAGUGCAGUUGUUAGGUGUGAGGUAUGUGAAUUACAGUAAUGGAUUUAGAUGACUGCCAGUUGCUCUCACUUCCAAAUAUUUAAAUUUAGGAAUUUAUUAUUUUCUCUUUUGUUAUCUAUUUCCCAUUUCAUAUCACUCUAACCCUCAGUUAAUGUCUGUCCCAAGGUGUGGAAGUAUCAUUGUUGACCUAGGACUAAAAUUCAAUUCCACCACAAAGGAACAAAAUAUUAUCAUUACACUUAAUGACUAUGUGAAAGAUGGAAAGCUGGGAGAAUUCAGUGUUGGUGCCAUAAAAUGGAAAGGACCUGAUGUGGAGCCAACAGGUGGCGGUGCCACAUCACCAGUUGACGGGUCCUAUGGGGGUAAGUCCUCUUAACACUUCAUACAAAAGUUUUGCAAGUUGAUUAAUGAAUGUCCUCACCCUGUACUUGGUUGUAAGCAUAUUUUUUUUCUGUCUGAAAGUUACUAUAAUAUUUAACUCAAAAUUGUUACUGUAGUAGGUUUAUACAGAGAUCUGAAAACUUGGUGUGUAAUGGUAUUGAUAACAAUGACAACCACAACCAGCCCCGACUUGAGUACUAAUAAGACAGUGUAUGCAUCAUGUGUGUGCACUUUUGUUGUGCAUUUUCUGUCGAUUUCUAUGCAGACAUGUAACGAAGGAUUAGUAUGUUUCCCAAUAUCUUGUGUUUUUUGUUUACUUAAAUUCACACUUUUGCUCAGUAGCUUUAGAACAUGGUUCAUUUACAUCUUUUUUUCUGAGAUGGUUUAUGGAAAAAAAAUGUGUGGCCCACAAGUCCAAAAAACAGCAGCCAUGCUUGUUUUCCUCAAAUUAAUCGAGUGUAUUUUUGUAGAAUCUUCAGCGCUUCCAAGUGGAACAAAAACAGGUGAAACAUUCUUUAAUGACAAAUGCCGGACUUUGUAAAUGUUAAGCAACAAGUAAUUUAAUCUGAUUUAGUAAUUUAUAGACACCUUUGACUUCUAGUUUCUUGAAAAUUAAAAAAAAACCGAUUCAUGUCCAACUGAAUCGAGCUUUAAAUUUUUGAGUCGAAGUACACAAUUUUUCUUGUGUUACAUACUUGGUAAAUUACUUCUCGGGGAAGUUGCCAGCUGAAUUUACACCGUAAAUUAGUUAUUUUCACGUGCACCAUAAUUUUCCUCUUUGCCACUUGUUCAAACUUAACACCAACAUCGCAUUGAUAAGCAGAAAUUUUAAUUGACUUAUCACCUUUACUUGCUAAGAUAUAUAUUUUUAAUUUUGAGGCUAUGACUUCAAUCUCCGUUCUCUUGGUUAGAAUCGAUAACUUCAAAGAGACAUUUUCUGCUUCUUUUGUUCUACUAUUCAAAUAUUGUAAAUUUAGAGUACAAUUGAACCACGCUCCCGAUAGUACUUAAAGAGGUAUCUUGUAAAGCUUAUUGAAUUACAUAGAGGACUGCGUGGAAUUACAUAGACGACUGUGUGGUGAUGACAUUGAUGACUGUGUGGCGAUUACGAAGUUGAGUAAGCUAGACGUCAUUUCGGUUCUCCUCAUGAACUAAAGUAAAGUUACUGAACUAAACGCUGUCUCAUCCUUAACAUCCGUGGCAAGUUCGCUUGAAGCAGGUCUCUGUGCACCAGGAAACCGUGACGAGUUUCCGUUCCCGCUGCAAGUGGUCUCUAUCGAGCUAUUUUCCACCGCUAUUAGUUGUGUUCUCCGCAAAGGUCCAGUUAGUGCGAAAAACCUAACGUCACACUCUAUCUUAUUUUUGCUGUGAAUAACUGAUCAGAAGUUGUAGUUUAAAAGCUUGUAAAAAGGGGAGAAUAUUCAAUAUAAAUUAUCCGUUACUUCUUUUAACCUUGCAUGAACAGAAUUUGUAUACCAUAUCUUUUUCUUAACGAGUAAAUAAUUACACAUUGCAGCCUGUGAAGUUCUAUAUAUGUAAUGAAUUGUGAAACACAAAAUUGUGGAAAGAAGAUAAAUUGAGGUCUCACUGAAUCCCAAAUGUUUCCUGACCAUAACAGGAGUACAUAGCCGGGCAGAUUCUUUAUGAUAAGAUCAUUGGAAAAAAAAUAAUCUAAAGCUUAUCAUGCAUUGCAGGUAUCGUAGGUAUUGUUGUUGGUGCAGUGUUUGGAUCAGUUGUUGCACUGGCUGUUGCUGGAAUAUUAGUUUGGUGGACUUGCAGGAAAAAGAGGCGCAACGCGAAAGGUAAGUGUUGAAUACAUGUUAUGCUCUCAAACGAACACUAGUUUUGGCAUCCCAGAAAUAUAUCUUUUGUAUUUUUUCUAGGAGUAAGUAUAAUCUUCAGUUCACUAUCUGCUGCAUUAUGGUCUUUGCUCAAGCGAUUUUUGUACUUUUAACAGACAACUUUUAAAACCGUGUAUUGUAAAGUAAUAAUUUGUUUUUUGUUAUCUAGUUACAGUUCAAAGACCUCGCAUAACUUUGUACACUUCAUCAAACAGACUUUGCUUUGCAAUCGAUUAUUUAUUGUUUUGUUUCGGUUUCCUUUAAUUUUUCUGUUUUGUUGUACCUUUUUUUUCACUACAGAGGUGGCGAUGAGCGGAAGGUGAGACUUUUAUAUUGAAAUGUUGCUGUCUACUUGCGUUGUUACUUUAUGGCUCGAUCGUUUUAACAAUUUUAACACCCACACUUUUUUUCAUGUGAAUGUUUGUGAUUGAUCCAAUUACCACUAACUUCUAGGCACUCUUGCGCAGCAGAGAUACCACUUUUGGACAAUGAAUUUAAUGGUUGCUACUUGUAAAGUAACCGAAAUCUUAAUGACCUGUAGAAAAACUGGGGGGAAAAAACCAAGAACACCAACAACUAAAAAGUGUAUGUUAGUUGAGCUUAUUAUCUUAUUCUCAGAUAUAUACAUACAUACAUACAUACAUACAUAUAUAUAUAUAUAUAUAUAUAUAUAUAUAUAUAUAUAUAUAUAUAUAUAUAUAUAUAUAUAUGUAAGUAUGUAUGUAUGUAUAUAUAUAAUUAUGUCUGUCUAUAUGUCUGUCUGCCUGCCUGUCUGUCUGUCUGUCUGUAAUGUAAGAUCAUCACGUGUUAGUUCAGGCCUAAGUACUAGUUUUCCAGGUGUCCCCUAUAAGUUAAGUGAUCUUCCCUCGAUGAUCUCACUACUACUAAUGAAUGAAGUGCUGUUAUUAUCAUUAUUAUUAUGAGUAAUGGUAAUAGUACUGAGUUAAGACCAAUUUGGUCUGUUAUCGUGAGUGAUUUAAAAAAUUGGAUGACUUCGGAGCAGAAGUCCGAUAUGUUAAUUACUAUUAUUAUUAUUAUUGUUAUUAUUAUUAUUAUCUAUUAUUAUAAUUCUUGUGAUCUUUUUCAUUACCAUUAUUAUAAUUAUCAUUGCUCCAAAAGUAUUCUGUUCUAAUGAUAGGUGACAGUUAAGGUAGUCUUUAAGGUUGACAAAUUUGUAGAGCCUUGGAAAAUAAAUUUUAGUUAAUCUUCCCAUAAUACUGUUAUCAUUCACUAAAAAAUAUUUAGAAGGUUCAUAAAGAUAAAGUCUGUGUCUGUUCCACUCUGAGCACACCAUACUUGUCUCCACUGCUCGUAACUAGGGGAGAUGAAACUUUCAAUGCUUGAAUGCAAAGCUAUGAUGCGAAACCUUCUCUGGCAAUUAAAACUAAAAUUCCCUUAAGACAAUUACAUAUGAAAAGCUCAGGACAAGUCUACUCUGCUCAUAAGGUCCGACUGUUGGAGGGGGGGCGACUACACGUAGGUUAUGACUGUAGCUGAGCCUAUAUCCGGUUUCCAGCUGCUUUUCUAACUGGACUAAGCUGUCUGUUAGGAUUUUACAGUUAGAGAGAAUUGGAUUUGUUUUGUAAUAUAUUUGAUUUGCUGUUUCAGAACAUUUGGAAAUUCAAGUAAUGAAACAAGGGGAGGUACUAAUGUAGGUUACAUGAUGAAAUCUUAUAUUUUCAUAUAUAGAUACAUUUUCCUGUAGUCCUAGGUGCGAUUUGUUUUUACGUUGCUGUCUUUACUGAGAGUCUUCCCUCUGCCGUUUAUAGUUUAUACCCGAGCCCAGAAAGUUAUGAUCGAUACAGAUUUUAAGUCUAUUAUUCAUUGAUAUUUUCAAAUAAUAGUAGUUUAUUUUUUAUAAGACAGCUGAUUUGAAAAUUUGAAAUAAUUUUCGAGCAAUGAUGAUUUUAGAUAUAUGAAAUUCAUAUAUUUGCACUGCGGUGAAGAGAUGAAAUUAAGAGAUCCUCGCAGCUAAGAACACUACUGAAACGAGUAGUUGAAAAUAGGACCUGAAAUAUAUGAAUUUUAUAUACCUAAAAUCAUCAUUCAUCAUUUGGAUGGUUUAUUUGGACCCAACACAUUGACCAGAUCCCAGUUGGCUUGUUAGCUUAAUUGGUUGAGCGCUGCACCGGUAUCGCAGAGGUCAUGGGUUCAAAUCCCGUACGGGCCUGAACUUUUUUCAGGUCCUAUUUUCAACUACUCAUUUCAGUAGUGUUCUUAGCUGCGAGGAUCUCUUAAUUUUCGAGCAAGUUAGUUGGUUAUUAUCUUUUGUUGAUUGAAAACAACUUUGUCUUUGAGAUUGAAGUCGAAUUGCUUAAACCUUCUCAAAGCCAUUACAUGGCACUGGAUGACAGAACUCGUUCACAAGGGAUAGCAGAUGCCAGUCCACUCUGCACUGAACAAAUCAGCGAGUACGCUGCUCUUAAUCUAUACACACGCUUCUGGGAGAUUCCUAGAAAACAUGUGACGAUAAAGCAGAUCGUUGGAAAAGGUGCUUUCGGUCAGGUUGCCAAGGCAACAGCCGUUAAUCUUCAAGGAAGAGCCGAGAAGACGCUCGUAGCAGUCAAAAUGUUGAAAGGUACCAAGAAAUAAAGUCAUGUUUUACUUAGAAGUCUGUCUAAAUUGUUCCGUUUAUUUUGAUAGUAAUGAUAUGCUUCUGCAUAAUUUCCAAGCUUCUGUUUAGAGUAAUCACAUGAUAUAUGAUUGGUCCACGGUUAUGUCCAUAGCGUGAAGCUUGUUCUACUUGAUGUAGCGAUGGAAUUUUAAGAUGUAAUUUAAACAUUCCCCCUUAAAUGAUGGUUACAUUUUGGAGCCUAGGCGCUUUACGUUGACAAAGAAAAGUACCUUGAAUAUGAUGUAUAGCAGGGUCGCAUGAUGUCUAUUUAUCUAUCUGUCUGUAUGUCUAUUUAUCUAUCUGUCUGUCUGUCUAUCUGUAUAUCUAUCUGUUUAGCAAUCUAUACAUCAAUCUAUACAUAUAUCUGUCUAUCUCUCUAUCUUUCCAUCUAUUAAUCUUUCUUUAUUUCACUCUAAUUAUUUAUCUAUUUAUCUUUCUAUCUAUCAAACUGACUAUCAAUCUAUCUUUCCAUCUAUCAAUCUCUAUAUAUGUAAUGUAACGAUUUAUCUAUCUGUAUACGUUUACCUAGAUAAUGGUAUUAUUGAAAUGUUAUUCGACCAUGAAUGAUCGGAAAUCCUGUUACAGAAAACGCUUCUGAAUCAGAGAGAAAGGAUUUGCUGUCUGAACUUGAAUUGAUGAAACAACUUAAACCUCAUCCUUACGUUAUCAAACUUUUGGGAUGCGUUACCAAGUCUGGUAAAUACUGAAAAAUUUAUUAUCAGCUAUGGUUACCGUCAACAAAAUUUAGAUUUUAAGGAAUAGAUAAGUUCGUUUUUCUUGGUAUGUUGGUGUUUAGCUUAAGAUAUCUUUCCUCUUAAUUUAUAUAGUAUACUGUAAUAUUCGAUUUGGCGCCCAGGGCGCUUAUUUAAUUUUGGUAGGCAACAGGAGGGUGCUUAUUAGAAACAGGGCGAAGAACCAAGCAAACGACUGGUAUCUUCGGGUAAAAGUAGACUACGAGUACUCCGUCCUUUUUCGGCGAAGUAAAAAAAAGUUAGUGGAAACAAAAUUUACACAGGAAGUGAUGGGUACGAAAAGUAGAGACCCUACUUUUCGUGUGCCUCACACCCAGAGGUCCGCGUGGCCCUCUUUGUUUAGGUUAAAGUAACUGUCUUGAAAUCAAUUCAUAGGAUGUCACUCGUAGGGUACCUUAUUUACUAGAUUGAGCACCGCGGCGUUUAGUACGUUUUUAUUGAUUUUGAGGAGGUCUUUGUUGGUAUAGUUCAUUUAACUCACCCCAUCAUUCAGUACCCAUUAUUUCCAUCUCUGUUAACUUCUGAGAAAAUCGGCUAACCGACGCUUAAAGCUUAGGCAUAUUCUAUUGUUGCGUGCACGUGUGGGGUCUCUAUAGAGUUUAUUUGACAGCAAAGAAGUAGUCACAGUUGUAUACUGUCCGCUAAAUAGCAGCGUAUGUAUAAUCAAUAGGUGAGAUCUACGAUCAGCAAAAUUUACUGGUGGACCAAAAAUGGGCCGACACCAAAACUGCCUGCUUAAGGUUUGCACACAUGUUGCGGAUAUGAGCCGGUCAGUUGUGAAUACUCUAUGAGGGCGGGAAUCUUUCCGGUAGUAGACCUUGAAGAUAAACAUGACCUGCUUUCGACAUUUUACCCUUCCCAAUUAAUUUUCCAAGUUUAGAAACUUAUGGCUACUUUGCUUCUAAAAUAGACUUACAAGAAUUGUGAAUAUUACCGAGUUAUAUGAUAGCUGAUAUUUUAUUUUCUUAUAAACGUUGAAUAAUUGUCGUACUCCUCCAAGUGGCUGUGCCGUUUAUUGGAGAGUGACGUUUAUUGUUAAUUUUGCUUCCAUCUGCGGUAAAUAAUCAAGUAUUUGUGGAACUUUGUCUCCCUAGAGCCACUGUUUGUGCUGAUCGAAUAUGUUCCUUUUGGGGAUCUGCUGGGUUACCUGAGAAAGAGCCGUGGAUUGAAUGAUACUUAUUACAAAGACCCGGAUAUCAAACCACAAACAAAUCUGACCUCACAACAGCUGAUUAAAUUUGCUUGGCAAAUCGCUGAUGGAAUGUCUUAUUUGUCAUCGAUACCGGUGAGUGAUGUAAUAAAUCUUUGAAUGACGUUCUCAUAGAAUAAGGCCUCAUUUGUCACUCACUAUACCUUACUUUUCAUUAAAUCGUGGACUCACUGCCCAGAAUGUCAUCCCAUGUUAGCUGAGUCACCCCUAAGUCUCUCGUUUCGUUAAAUGGUGUUUUCCGAAAGAAACGUUUUCUCUUUGUGUAAGGUUAUUCAUAGAGAUCUUGCAGCUCGUAAUGUGUUGGUUGGAGAGGAGGAAACAUGCAAAGUGACGGACUUUGGAAUGGCCAGAGAUGUGCAGGAGGACAAUAUUUAUGAAAGAAAAACCAGGGUAUGAAUGAUUUUAAGAAAUCAUAUAAUGUUCUCGUAAGUCUUGGAUUGUGUGGCUUAAGAUGCCUCACUGGAGUGACUGCUUAAAGAAAAAAGCACAGUAAAUCAUGUUCCGUUUUCCGCAACUUUUGUUUCAGCGUUGCCGCCAGCAUUAGUACUUUUUAAGGACUACGCUAACUCCUCGCAUUUUUGCUUAUUCAGGGGCGUCUCCCUGUAAAAUGGACUGCCAUUGAGGCGUUGCUUUACGGAAAAUAUUCUACUAAGAGUGAUGUGUGAGUACAAGGAAGACAUGAACACUGCAGUUAAGCUCAAUGAGAAUGGUUUUGUAUGAAAUUUUUUCAGGUCUGCAAAAAGUUAUUUGGUUACUUUUGUAUUUUGGUCUUUUUAUUUUGCUGGUGUGAGCUCAUCUCAGUGAGAAGUGGUUAUCCUCAUUUUUCAUGGUUGGUGACCAGGGAUCAACUCCUAUGACCCUGUGCAUGUUUCCCUCCCCAACCCAUUCCCCCUUCCCCUUAACACCAAAGAUGUUUUGAUUAAAUUUAUUUUUGCAGGAAAGAAAUUUUAUUGCCUUAAAUUUAUCCCGUUUGUUUUACAGGUGGAGCUACGGAGUUCUCCUCUAUGAGAUUUUCACGAUUGGUAGGUUACUAGGCAGAUUGCCAGUCCAGUUAUUUUAGCCUCAGCAAUUGGGGGGACACGAAUUCAUGAAGUGAGCAUUGUGUACCAGUCUCUGUAGAAUUGGCUUUUGGUCAUAUCAAGUCGCUGGCCUUAGCCGGAAAAAAUUGUUAAUGGAAAUACAUCUGUAGAGCUUUUCAUUACCUGCUCUAUUCAGGUGGUUCACCGUAUCCAAGGAUGGAUGGAAGAAAAAUUGCAAACUUACUUCAAGAGGGAUACAGAAUGCCUAAACCACAACAUGUGGAUGAUAAGUUGUAUGAUAAUAUCUUAUUAUUUUUUCUUGAUGGCUUUUAUUAUACAUUAGUAUUUGUACCGUUUUUUUUUCGAAUUUGUUCGAAUUUCAUGUUCGCCUCAAGAUAAAACCAUCUUUACUUAUUGAACCAGCCUAACGAAUUGAAAUGAAAGAAGAAGUACACCAUCAUCAGUUGAUUUCUUCUGUAUAAAUCUUUUGUCCUCUAUAAUAACAAGAUAGAAUUAUAAGACCAAAAUGGUUUUUGAUGGGUCGAACCGUUUCUAAUAAAACUUUCUUAUGACGUCCUUUUAGAUAUGACUUUAUGACAAAAUGUUGGAAAGACGACCCUAACUUGAGACCAUCUUUUGAGAAGUUGAGAAACAAACUCAAAGAAAUGGAAAACCAGCACAAGGUAGAAUGGUAGAGUUUACAAACAGACUCUCUGUGUUUUUUUUUUCCCUUUCAAAGUUUGAUUGUUAGAAUCUAUCACCCUCAACUUAACUUGAUAACGGCGGCACCAUGAAUGCUUGCAAGCGUAGUUUAUGACUUCAAUUUAUUUAGCUUUUCGAGCAGUUUUCAAUUGAGUUUCGAAAGUGCAAAUCGAAAGUAAAAACUAAAACUAAUCCCAGCUUGAUCACACGCGUUUUUCCGCGCUUCAAGGAGGAUGCUAGAUCCUACUUUAAGUUCUCAUCGGUUAAUGUUGAUGUUAACCUUUGUUCUGAUUGAUAGUUGUGAAUACUUUGGGUUUGGUUUUUCAAGGGUUAGGCUUAGGGUUAGUUGGUUUUUCGAUGAUUAAUCUAAGACUUCACUAUCUAAAAUUAAUUGUAACAGGAAGAUGCUCUCUUUCUGGGUAAAAAAAUGAAGGAACUCUCGAAAGCUUAAUAGAGUAUAGUAUAAUUUAUACUCAUUUUUCAUAUUUUUUUCGUAUGCCUUUUUUUUUUUUUUUUUUUUUUUUUUUACAGUGGCUGAUAAACUUAAAAAAUUACGAUGAUCGACUCUACGUUAAUGUUGACGAUCUUGCCGUGUGAGCGAGUGAUUUCUCAUACAGGAAAGGACGGAGUAAUGAAUAUUACAGCCCUACGACAUCAUCUUCUAUUUUCCUUAUAUAUUUUACAUUAAGCCAUAUUUUUUGCUAUUAAGCAACUUUUUAAAACAAGCUGUUUGACAGGAAAGCGAGGCAAAGUGCAGCUUUCUUAUAUUCUCACAUAUUUUUAUACUUUUAGUCUUGGAAAGACAAACGAUUUUGUAAUAACAAGUUUAAAACCUGCAACCCCCUCCAGCGUUAUAGAUUUUUUUUUACAUAUAAGUUUUUUACGCAAAACAUGUAUUUUAUUUUGCAUCUGCUGUCCCUUUUGUUAUAUUUUGAAAUUUAUCGGAUGAAUCUGUUGUCUUAAAAAAACUCCUUUAUUGAUUAAGGUGGUCCAGAAGGGAAAACAGUAAUAUUUUCUUAACCAGCAGUUCAACCAUGUGUAGAUGGUGUUCAUCAAGAGAAGUAAGUUUUCGCCAUUUACUGAUCAAUUUCAUCACAAAAUCCUAACUUUUAUGAAACUUUCCAAAUGGUUGCAAUGGGUUUAUAAUGGCCUAGCU